AUGAAGACAAUCGGAAUUUUCUUGUUAAUUGUUGUUGGCUGUUAUGGCCUGAUCGAUGUGUGCCCAGGAUCGGAUAUGAAGAAGGUAUUUGCCGAUUGCCUUAAGGAAUAUGGUGGAGAUAAGGCUCUUCUGACGGAUUGGAUUGCCCACAAGGAAGCUGUUGAUCAAAAAGGCAAGUGCUUCCGUACCUGUACUAUGAGGGAUUGCGGUUGGUUCGAUGAAAAUGCCAAACUUACCGAAGAAGUUCCCUUGAGGGCUGCCUAUGUUUUAUAUGGUGGUGAUGAAAGUAAAAUCCCAAAAAUCUUAGCAGCCGGCAAGAAAUGUCUGGCCACCAUGGAAUAUGAUGAGAAGGAUAUCUGCAACAGCGGUGAAAACUGGUCCAGAUGUGUGCUGGGAACCUGCAAGGAUUGCGGCUUGGAUUUGGGUGCUGCUUUAAAGAAUUGA